UCUUCCAGUAAUUCGCCAAAAUGACCAACACAAAGGGAAAGAGGAGGGGCACCCGAUACAUGUUCUCUAGGCCUUUUAGAAAACAUGGAGUUGUUCCUUUGGCCACAUACAUGCGAAUCUACAAGAAAGGUGAUAUUGUAGAUAUCAAGGGAAUGGGCACUGUUCAAAAAGGAAUGCCCCACAAAUGUUACCAUGGCAAAACUGGGAGAGUCUACAAUGUUACCCAGCAUGCUGUUGGCAUCAUUGUAAACAAACAAGUUAAGGGCAAGAUUCUUGCCAAGAGAAUUAAUGUGCGUAUCGAGCAUAUUAAGCACUCUAAGAGCCAGGAUAGCUUCCUGAAACAGGUGAAGGAAAAUGAUCAGAAAAAGAAGGAAACCAAAGAGAAAGGUACUUGGGUUCAACUGAAGCGCCAGCCUGCUCCACCCAGAGAAGCACACUUAGUGAGAACCAAUGGAAAGGAGCCUGAACUGUUGGAGCCCAUUCCCUAUGAAUUCAUGGCAUGAUGGGUGUAAAGAAAAUAAAAG